AUGUCUGAACCAAUUAACAAGAGAAACGACAUCUCAUCCGCUCCAACCCCCCAGAACACCCCAGCGUCGGUGACCAACUCGUACUUGCGUUCGCAGCCGCCAACCGUCUCCACCAUCACCGAGGAGGACGGCAACGAUGUUUCCGCACUCAUGAACAACCCGGCGUUGAUGUCGAUGAUCCAGGGAAAAUUGAGCUCGUUGGUUGGCCAGGACUCCGGCUACGUGGAGCAGUUGCCAAAGGCCGUUAAGAACAGAGUCGGGGGCUUGAAGGCCAUCCAGCAGCAGCAGAUGCAGUUGGAGGCUGAAUUCCAAAAGGAAUUGUUGGAGUUGGAAAAGAAGUACUUCAAGAAGUACGAGCCAUUAUACGUCCGCAGAAAGGAAAUUGUCGUCGGAGACGCCGAGCCUACUGCCGAGGAGAUCGCCGAGGGCAGAGCGCUCCUCGAAGACGAGGAGGACGACAAGAUUGAGGAGGUUAAGGAGGAGGAAGAGGAGGUCAAGGGUGUCCCAGGCUUCUGGUUGACCGCCUUGUUGAACUUGCAGACCGUUGCGGAAACCAUCACCGAGAGAGACUCCGACGUGUUGGACUUUGUCACCGAUAUCAGAAUGGAGUACUUGGAGUCCCCGGGCUUCAAGUUGAUUUUCGAAUUUAACGCCGAAAAGAACCCAUUCUUCACCAACAAGACCUUGUCCAAGUCCUAUUACUACCAGGCCGAGUUGGGCUACUCUGGCGACUUUGUCUAUGACCAUGCCGAGGGUGACGUCAUCAACUGGACCUCCUCCGACAAGAAUGUGACCUUGAUCAUCGAGAGAAGAAAGCAGCGUAAUAAGCACACCAAGCAGACCAGAACCAUCGAGAAGUUGACCCCUACCGAGUCCUUCUUCAACUUUUUCGACCCGCCAAAGCCGCCAACCGAGAAGGGUGACGAUGAGGAAGACUUUGACGAGGACGACGAGGACUUGGAGGCCAGAUUGGAGUUGGACUACCAGUUGGGUGAAGAAAUCAAGGACAGAUUGAUUCCAAGAGCCAUCGACUGGUUUACUGGUGAGGCCGUCGACUUCCAGUCCGAAGAUGAGUUCGACGAAGAAGACUUCAGCGGCGACGAUGACCAGGACGAUGAUGACGACAGCGAUGAGGAUGAGGAGAGUGAUGAUGAGGAAGGCGAAGCUGCCGGCAAGACCAAGCAGCAGCCUCCUGAGUGUAAGCAAUCCUAG